AUGUCACGAAAACAUUCCGAAGCGAAGGUUAAUAGAAAAUGUAAAUGUAAAUUAAAAACUGUUCUCGAAUAUUUGAUCGCAGUUCCCGGUUGUUCAGGUGAUCUGGCCGCUGUAUCGUCAUUACCGGAAGAGUGGACCCCCGGUCAUGGUGGACCCACACUUUCAAAAUACCUUGAGCAACGCGAAAAUAAUCAUAAAGAAGUACUCACCAACAUAAAGAAGGAAGCCGACAUUGUCAACAAUGAAAUCGAUAGUAAAGUUCGCGAUAUUGCUGAAAUACUACUAGCCGAUAUCCGAAAACAUAAACAAGAUAUUGAAUGUUACGUAAAAGAAUCAGAGCCGGAUAGCGGUGUCCUAUCUGUCGAAAAGCGUAACGAGUGUUAUAAAAAAAUUACACAGGUGUUCUCAGUAUGGACACAAGCUCUUGCAAAUUUUAAAGGAGAAGCUCUAGCUUUUGAGAGGGAACGCAUUGAAGGUAUUAAAACGGUACUCAAAAAACAUUUUCAAAUCUUAGUGAAAGUUGGGCACAAGUCCCCUAAAGAUUUAUUGCAUGAAUUCGAUGGUCGUAUGUAUGUAAUAAACCAACAAUUAAUAAGCAAUUGCAGAGCGUACACGGAAUUAGAAGCGCAAUUGCGCAGUCAAGCCGACGCGUAUAUUGUUCGAAGUAGGUCUUCGCUUAAUGAAUUUUGUUUGGAAAAAGCUUCUUUUCUAAGGGGAAGAAGUGCUUUACCUUGGAUGAAUGAAACACAGCGUAAACGAUCAUCUAGUUUAGAAACGAAACUAAAAAAGUCUUCGGACGCUAUACCCUCGAGUCAAAACAUGGAAGGUUUUAAGGACUAUAUAUCACAAUUAGUUAAGGCGUAUAGAUCCGCUGUUCUACAACUGUGUGCUGAUUUUAGUGGCCAACUCAAUAAUUUGCAAGAAGAUUUCGAUAGAUACGCAUUUUUGGAAAAACCGCGCGUAUCAGUCUUAUCCAGGAUACAGAAAACGGUCGAUCGAGCUUUCAGGAAGUUUUCAGAUACGUUCUCUCAAAGUAAAGUUCGAGUAGAGAAAGUCUUACUUGACAUUACAUUUAACGAUGUCGUCCAUAUGCAGAAAAGUUUGUGUCACUUCGGUGAUCGAUUGCAGAGUACAUAUUUGAUAUUGCAUGACGCCGGAUAUCUGUGGGACGGUCAUAUGUUACGGUCAGCGCUCGUGCAAAAACUAAUGAUGACGGGAGUAGAGGAUAUGAUGACGUCGCAUGACGCAGUGGAAUUAGCCAAUGAAGUAGCGUUUAAUAUUGGCCUGGAACAAUUACGCGCUGCACCCGACUUAGAUAAAUUGCAACAACAAUUCGAUUUAUUAUCUAGUAUGCUAGAUCGUUUCGAAGAGAUAUAUCAUCAACACAAAGAGUUGGAAGUCAAAAAGCUAGAGGAGUACAUGAACUUACCUUCAAUUAUGUCUAAUAUCAUGCUUGCUGAAUAUGAAUGUUUCUUUGAGAAGUAUCCAAAGUGUCCUCUAAACUCGAACCAAAGUUUGAACAGUUCACCGGAUCUAGUCUCUCCGAGACGACAAACUUUAAUCUCGUUAAGAGCGCCUCUUCCGCGAGUAGUUUUACAAACGCAUCUACAAGAUGUGGCUCUGUAUAAUUGGAGAAACGGAUUCCUGGAGUCUUUGCAGAAUAAUGCUCCGUCAGUAACGGAUAACAUAAAUUGGCAAGCUCGAAGGUGGGUGGACGAGCACACAAUGCAGGUGAAUAUGCGUUACUCGCUAAAGCUCAUGUCACAUAGUGUGCGACUAGAACGCUUGAAGGCAGCCCGCGAAGUACGUUCAAACGAAUUAAAGUACCACGAACGCGUCAUUACAUCUCAUUUAAACGCAAUGAACGAUUUGAUAGACAGUCUUCCGAUGGAGAUAGCGGAGCACCUAAGUUUAGAUUCGCCUCAGCUAUAUCCUCUUCCUUAUUGGGUGAACAAGAUUCAGUUAGAUAUGGAUCAGAUGAUUGCCAGCGAUCCUGAUCCAGAAACGAAGAGAUUGAAGAUGAGUAGCUACGCGCCUAGGCUGGUGAUGUUUCGACGUCUUUUCGAAGAGUCUUUGGACGUGGCGAUGGAGGAGUAUAAGAAAAAUAUUCAGCAGCGGCUUCAAACAGUAAGGCUUUCAACGUUCCAGUUAAUUUCUCAGAUAAAGUUCCCGACAGAAGGUGGGACACACGUACCUUCAGAGGCAACAAAAUCGAUGUCUGCCAUUUUGAAGAUGUGUGACGCGUUUGAGCUGUGCGCUAACAAGAGUGUAGAUAUGGUGAAUCAUAGACGACAACAGCUAAUCUUGAUGGCGGAUCAGUUGCUGCAUCCUCUGACACGGUCUGUGGAAGAUGUCUUCAAGACAACUGAUAAAAAGAAGCCCACUAUGCCAACGAAGAAGAAGUAG